UUAUCCUUUUUUCUAAAAACAUUUUCUAUACGUUAUGGAUCGACUCGAACCCGACACUAAUGAAGCUACAUAUGAAUUACUUGAACGACAUUCUGUUCUCGAAACACCCUAUAUUAAUAACGGAAACUAUCAUUUUCAAAUUAUUCGAGAACUCAUCUUACAAUCUACAACAUCUCUUGUUUUCUCAGUUAUUGGAUCCUUUUUAACCGGGUUAAUGUUGAAUUAUAUCAAGACUUUGAUUUCUUUUCAAGCGUUUCCUAUAUUAUUUAUUUUAAUUCCUAUUUUAUUAAACUUAAUUGGCUGCCUGGAGAUGAAUUUAACAUCUAGAUUAAGCACAUUUGCAAAUAUGGGAAAAUUGGAUACAUUGGAAGCACAACAAACAAUAAUUAAAAGAAAUUUGAUUAUAUUACAAAUGCAAUCGAUUGGCGCAGGUCUUUUAUCGGGAAUUAUAGCGUUUAUUUUUGGAUGUAUUUUACCAUCAUUAAAGCAGAAAUCACAAUUAGAUUUUUUUGUACAUGAUAAGUCUAAUGAAUUAGAAAAACAUGGAUUUUCCGACCAAAAAUUAACAUUAUUUAAAUUACAAGAAAAAACACUUUUUAAAUUCUUUAUACUUAUUGCGAGUUCAAUUAUGACGGGUUGUAUUUCUUCAGCGAUUCUUGGCGCCUUAAUUUCUAUACUUGUUAUUCUUGCUUUAAAAUUUCGAGUGGAUCCAGAUAAUAUUCUUACACCUAUUGCAUCAUCAUUUGGUGACCUAAUAUCAGUUAGCAUAUUUUGUUUAGUCUCUGUUAUUUUUGUUUCAUUUUUUGGUCUUUACACACUUAUUUUUUUUCUCAGUCUAAUUUUACUUUUUUCCAUUUUCAUUAUCACUAAUAUCAUCAAUACAUACCCAAUCACACCAACUACUUGGAUUCCUCUUCUUAUAUCUUUACUUAUUACAUGUGGUUCAGGUAUUCUUUUUGAAAAAUAUAUUUAUUUCUACAGUGGUAUUGCUUUUAUGAUACCUAUUUCUCAGGGACUUAGUGGUAAUAUCGGUUGUAUUUAUGCUUCACGUGUUAGCACCUCUUUACAAAUGAAAAACCAACAAUAUAAAGAAAUAAAAUGGAUAACAAUUACAACUCUUUUUUUUAUUAAUUUUAUCUUUCAGGUAGGAUUUCUUAUAAUUAUACACCAAACAAAAAUAUUAUCAAUGAAUUUAACAUUUAUAUUCGUUUAUCAAAUUAUAACAGGAAUACUGGUAAGUUUUAAAGAACAUACAAGUAUAUAAAGAUAAAUGAUUAUAUUUAUAUAAAAAAGGUCAUCAUAUCUUUAUUUUUAGGCGAACUUUUGACACAAUUAUGUUGGAAAUAUAAUCUUGAUCCAGAUAUACAUUCAUUUCCUCUUCUUUCUUCGCUAGUAGAUUUUAUUUCUACAAUAGGACUGAUUUUUUGUUUUAAAUCAUUGUAAUCAUGAAUCAUAUUUUUAAAAUAUCUAAAGGGUUUUAAACUGGAAUUUUUCUCAAAAAAAAACUUUUUAUAUUAUCUAGU